GGCUCAAAAGGGAAAAACCCUGUGACAGGUCACCGCGCUAGCUUAGUUGGCCAAUCAGUAAAAAACUGCGUGCGCGGGCUGGCACCGCCAAGUACUUACCGCUGCUGGAAUGGGAAAAUAAUCAUGAAGCAAAAGCUCAGCAGAAGAGCAGCGAUUCUCGAGAAUUCCAGUGGAGUAUACCCAUGUAUAGGGUAGGGGAAACACAAACCACGCCAUGACUUUCUGAAGUCCGGAAUGACUUCACCCUUCAGUACAGAUUGACAAGAGAUGGCGUCUGCAAAAAGGCCGAUGCAAAUGCUCAGGACAGUACUUGUCAUGGUGGCAUUAUCGUUUGCAUCCAGCUAUCUGCUGACUGAGUCCAAUGCGUACAACACCGCUUGCUUCGUCCCUCCCUCAGAACGGCCCUAUGACGUAGACAAGUUAUUCUUUUUGGAGAUAUUUCUGCCUCCAGUUCAGUUCAACUACUCCAUCGAGUACCUGACUUUUCCCAGCGGAUCAUGUGGCUUGGACACGUUCCUGCAUCUCCGACGUGUACAUCUUUUGUUCCAGCUAGUGGAUUUAAUUCAGCAAGAAGCAAGACUAGUUUUUACCCACUGUGUGUUGGACAACCAACAGAACACGACGCCACCGUAUACAAUCACAGUUGUUUCAUUACUCGAUGUAUUUGGACAAGAUCAUCCACUAGUUCCACGUGAGGAAUUCAGCCAACUUUCGAUGGAGUGGAUCUCAACUGGAACUAUCAUUCGUUUUCACGCGGAUAAGAUCACCGCAGGGCAACAUGUCCUGAAUUGCAACCUACCGUAUCUAAGAAAGACUGAGCAGUUGCGAUACAACGUAAAUGUCACUUUACAAAUUAAUGGUUGUCCAUCGGGCAGAUAUGGCGGGAGCUGUGAGCAAAGUUGCUACUGCGCCGAAGGAGUGGAGUGCCACAGUUUCAAUGGUGUGUGCAUGUGUCCACUUGGACUGCAAGGGACUUCGUGUGACCAGUGUAAGCCAGUGAUCACUGUACAGACGCACCACAUAUUCGUCCCCUACGGAGAGACAUUCACUCUGACGUGCACGGUGCACGGAAUGCCAUCACUUCAAGCGAGCUCGUGGACCAAAGAGGGGCAGACUACGCCCCUGCUGGCUACCUCCAGUGUGGAGACGACUCCGUAUUCUCCGAGUCCUGUUGCGAUCACAAGUACCCUGAACGCACAAAAUACAUCUGUCAACGGCGCCUAUGUGUGUGAGGUUAUCGAUGGAAACGGCACUGCAUACAGACAGCUAGUGAAUGUCACCGUCAUAGCCAUUCCCGACCCAUUCGUGCAAGUUCCUCAGAACCAAACCGCCCUCGUUGGAAGCAACGUUACCUUUACGUGCGAAAUCAGAAGCGAUGCCGGGGUAAUCCGAUGGGUCAGAGGUCAGAAGCAGCUACCAAAUGAAGCAGCUGCGAUCAGCGACCUACCUGGCCGGUUCCAGAUGGUACAUCCCUCGGAAGGCGUUUCGAUUCUUCGCAUUUUGAGGUUGGAGUUUGAUGACGAGGAGGUUUACAGGUGUUUUGCAGGGCAUACUUUCCGGGCACCAGACUUGAUGUAUGCAGAGGCAAGGCUCGAAGUUCAGUCUGCUCCCUAUCCUGGAUGUUCCUUUAAUGACGUCACCAACACUCGGUCGGGCAAGACACUGACUCUCCGGUGCCUGGUGAUGCGAGCCAAGCCGGUACCUCGCCUGAACUGGAGAGUGCAAGGAAGACAACUGACGCCCACGACGUACACCAUGCGCUCCGACGACGGUUCCUCCUGGAACAUCAACACCUCCUUAACCUUUGUACCUGGGCCAGGUGAUGAUGGGAAGAGGGUGUCUCUCUCCCUAACCAGCCCAGCAUGGACGGGAACCAGAGAAGUGGAGACAUCACUGAAUGUAUCAUAUGCGCCCAUUGUGGCCGUCAGCCCUGAUCCAGUUACGAUUAACAAGGGCCAGGAUGUCACCAUCUUUUGCUCGGCCAAGGCCAACCCAGACCAGGUGGAUGUUAUGUGGACCAUUAGAUCCUCCAACAAGCCAGCAGCCAAUGUAUCCACCAGUCUUACAUACACAUUCAAGAAUAUUUACAUGGAAUAUGACAAUGCUAACUUGACAUGCUCCGUCGGAAACACCAUUGGCAAGACUGAAAAGACUGUGCAGAUCAAAGUAAUAGACAGUAGUUUUUCCACGGGAGCCAAGAUAGGUUUCAGUGUAUCAGGAGCUGCGUGUCUUAUGAUGCUGCUCAUUGCAAGUGUCGUCUCUCGUCGCUAUCGCAAGGAAAUCAAGCUCUGGUGGGCUCAAAAAGCCGGAACAGCUGAAGACAAAGAAUUCGAUGUGUUCAUCUCCUACAAGAGCAGCAGCCCUGACGAGGAGUUCGUGGUGCGGGACCUGAUCCCUCGACUGGAGCAGGCUGGAUACCGUGUUUGCGUCCAUUACAGAUACUUCCUGCCGGGCAGAAGUAUCAUUGACAACAUCGCGGAUGCCGUCCAUCGUAGCUGUAAGACACUCCUCCUAUUGUCUCCAGGUUUCAUCGAAAGCGAGUGGUGCUGCUAUGAGUUCCAGGCUGCUCUCUCCCAGAUGUUACACCUCCAGUCGGACCUCAUACCUGUAAUCUUUGAGGACCUGGGACCCAAGGAGAAUCUGUCCCCAGAUCUGCAGACGAUGCUGAGGACACUGUCCUACGUCAUCUGGCCCGGUGCCAUCCAGCAGGGCUGCUACCAGACCGAGGCUGACCUGGAACGCUUCUGGAAGCUGCUGUGGCAGUCGCUCCCACCAAUCCCUCCCGGACGAGACGAGCAGGCGGUUGGUACCGAGUUGGAGUUGGAGCCCAAUCCAGGACAACUAGCAAGAUUUGAAGACAAAGACGGGAACGGAGACAGACGUUUGAUAUUGCCUUAACAAGGCAUUGCUGAAGACUUGGCUAUACUUAAUUGUUGGGAACUUGCCAUGUGGGCACAACACGUUUCUUCAACAAUGAAUCCGCCCCGAGUUGAAGUGCGCCUCCAAGCGGCAAAAGAAAGAGAGAGGGCUGUAAGUUUUCCAAGCGGCUUCUUGCACGAGCUAUGCGUGUACAGAAAGACCAUACCUUCUGGAAUAAAUUUGUUACACGUACUCGGCGUGCUCCUCGUCAAACGCGCCACUGAUCUCUAUUAUAAACGCGUGCCUCUGCGGUGAGUACGACCCCCCCCAAAAAAAACCCCAAAAAACAAAACAAAAAACCAUGCCCUCUUUUGUUCCGCUCGGAGCGGAUACUGAGUUGAAAUGGUUGGAAUGAUGUAACGUUUAAACAACGUCGUGUGCCUCGUACAUGAUUACCCUGCAAAAGUUGUACAUGUAUGUAACAUCAAUCUUGCCGUGCAAAGAUACAUGAGACAGGUAUCAGGAUUGCUUUUAGUGGUUUACUGGUUCAUUUUCCCCCAUUCAUCUCAAGUUCGGUAAUAAUGAGGCAUCUUAAUACUAGUGAUGAAUGAUGGAGCUGAGGCUGACAGAAAGCAGUUGCUUGUACAGUGUUAAAGAAAAAAGCAAAGUAACCAAGGAAACCGGGACAGAAGAUUAUUAAAAUUAAUUAUAGUAUCAACAAAAACAGCUAUAGAUUUAAAUACGUGUAAACAAUGGCAAGAAUAAAUAUUUAUGCAAUUAAUUAUUUAGUUAACUAAUUUGCAAAACUGUGUAAUAUUUAUACACGAGGUUUUCACUUUUUGUUAUACUAAAAUUAGUGUCAACUAGUUUGGACGAAUUUCGUCAGGCCUAUAUCUCGUGGACAAGUAGUAUAUUUAAUUUAAUGAAAAAGGGGAAGGUGCACGGCUGUAGAUUUGAAUGAUGUAUUGCCUAAAGAGAUUUCUUUUGCAUAGCAUAAGGUUUGUUUAGGUAAGACAAGUUCUAUAGCCCCACACCAGAAUGCCAUAUUGCAUAGUGAAGACAACAAAUAGGCAGAGCAGGGCAUCCCUUGGUAAUACCUAUUUCAGCUUCUUGAGUAUACCAAGAGCAUGAGAGAUAUAUGAAUCUUUUGGCAAUGAUCUUUCCAACACAGUUUCUUGUCAAAAAAUUACAAUUGGCCUGGUUGAUUUGGGUAUUAUUGUUGAAAAUGCUAGGAUUUUCUUCCGGGUUCGUAUUUGAAAAAAAUUGCACAACAACUUGUCCUUUAGUAGGUUGACUGAUAAUCUUUUACAGACAGUAAUGUACGCCUGUACCGUGCCACGACGCACGCGCGACAAGUGAUGGGAAAAAUGGUAAUCCUACUUUUCCUGGGAGUCCUCUGCAUCAUUAUUUGUGAUUAUAGUCUGAUGUACAGUUUACUGGUAGAUAUAAAUCAGCACCACAGCAUGUUAGAUAAAACUGGAACACAUUGAAUAGAGUACAUGCACGCAUGUAUAAGUGCAGUGUGAGAAAAUAGUUUGUGUGUCCGUUGGUGCGUCAGACUAGCUGUGAAUGAUUUGAUUUAAAUGUAAAUAUUUGCACAGCUGUUAUAAACAUUGGCGGUAGUUCAAAUCACAUAAGUAUAUGUAUGGUUGAUUCUAAGAACUUUACGUUAGGACGUUCGUGUACUUUGCAUGAAAUAGCCUGUUUUGAAUUUUGCAUGUUCAAAUAUAUAUGUAUAUCGCUGAAUUGAUAUCGGCAGUGACCUGAUUGUAACCACAGGAACGGUAAAACCGCUUUGCAUGAAUUGGUCACUAAGUUAAGAUGUUAUGUUCAUGUAUCUAAAAACUGAGUGUUAAGGCAGGUUCAUUCUUCGAGAGAAAGCAAAAACAAAAACUCGAAUUUGUGACGUCAGAUCAACUAUUCGUCUUGCGAAUUCGUAAAAGUUAAACACAUUUCAACUAGAACGAAAUUCUCGCUGCAGAUAUUUUUGAGACGUCUAAUUCGCUUCGCUUUUGUAUUCGCCUGAAGUAUGAACCGGCCUUUUUAUGUAGCCAAAGUUUCCUGUUUAAUCACCCGGUGAAAGAAGAACGUCUAUCUGAUAUAUAUUUUAUAUAAAUCAAUUUUAUCAUAAAACUUGAGGAGUUGGAUUUAAUUUACCCAUCGACCGUAGGCAACCUGGGUCCACUCUUUUGAAAGAAGUUUCAUGAGCCUGAGGGCCUGAAAAUCCGAAUAUACCAUGUUGCUGAAGGUUAUUGGUCUGAAAAUGAAAUAAAGUUCCUAACCCCACACAUUGGUUACGAUUGUCUGGAUUAGUAUUUCGUUCGGUGGGAUUGCUAAUCCGCCCAGGCGAAAUAGAAAGCCGCCCUAGCGAAAUACUAAUCCGCCGUAUGAAUUAGUGGGUCAAAUACGUAGCUAAAUACGCUGUCAUAAAUUUCUCAUGGAGCCUGUAGGUCUCAAUGGUUCAUUGAGCACCAGAGUUCUAUAAAAUAAUAGCACUAGCAUCAGA